GGGAACACAUUUGGAAGUGUCCCGUGUUGACAGGGCAGACUCGCCUGCUAGCUUUCACAAUGCUCAAAAGGAGCAAGCCUUCUGCUACCGAGAGAAAGAAGGAGCUAUUUACCCAUGGAACUACCCAGCCUAUGCUGAAGAAUGACAUGAAGAAUUUUCAUUCCUUGUCACAACUUGUUCUCUCUGCUGGUGCACUGAAACCAACUCCAGCAGUCAAACAUUCUAAAACGACUUACUUUGAGAUAGAAAUCCUUGAUGCCCAAAACAGAAAGCAGAUAUGUAUUGUGGACAAGGUGACUCCAACAUCUACACUCCGUGACGUUAAACAUAAAUUUCAUAAAGCAUGUCCCCAGUGGUACCCUUCUCGUGUUGGCCUUCAGUUUGAACGUGGUGGGCCCUUUCUGAAAGAUUAUGUUAACAUUCAAAGCAUUGCAACUUCUUCCAUUGUUACAUUAUAUUUCACAGAUCUAGGACAACAAGUCAGUUGGACAACAGUUUUUCUGGCUGAAUAUGCAGGACCUCUGCUAAUCUACCUUCUCUUUUACAUGCGGCUGACAUAUAUUUAUGAUGCAAAGGAGAGUACCAGAAGAUUGCGCCACCCAGUGGUACACUUGGCCUGUUUCUGCCAUUGUUUACACUAUGCCCGUUAUCUUCUAGAAACAUUAUUUGUUCAUAAGCUUUCUGGAGAACACACACCUCUGAAAAAUUUGAUAAAGGGAUGUGCCUUUUACUGGGGAUUCACCUCUUGGAUUGCAUACUACAUUAAUCACCCUCGGUACACACCACCAUCAUAUGGAAACAGGCAAAUCACAGUUUCUGUCCUCAAUUUUUUGAUUUGUGAAGCUGGGAACCAUUUUAUCAAUGUAGUAUUAGCUCAUCCAAAUCACACAGGAAAUAAUGCUUGUUUCCCAAGUCCAACUUACAACCCUUUCACAUGGUUGUUUAUGUUGGUUUCCUGUCCUAACUAUACCUAUGAGAUUGGGUCAUGGAUUAGUUUCACAGUUAUGACACAAACCCUUCCAGUUGGAAUUUUUACUCUCCUGAUGAGUAUCCAGAUGUCACUGUGGGCACAAAAGAAGCAUAAAGUGUACCUGAAGAAAUUUGAUUCUUAUGUGUAUAGGAAAUCAGCAAUGAUUCCAUUUAUUUUGUGAAGUUGGGGAGGGGCCAAAAGUCUCUUCAUAUACAGAGACUUAGAACAGAAUUGUUAUACUAAUUCAACAAAAAAUAAAUUUCUGAGGGAAUUUAUUUUCACCAUUUCAAUAUAUUUGGUUAAAUUUUGAGAAAAAAAAACCCAAAUAGGAUAAUAAGAGAAAGAGGAAGCACAGAAACAGGCCUACCUUUUUUUCAGUUAACCACUUAACUACUAAGCUAAAUAAAGUUCAGUGGAAAAAGUGCUGGAAAGAGCCUGGGCUAUACCAUUGAUCAUCUGUAUAAUACUGGACAGGUUAUUUAAUUUUUCUGGGACUUUGUUUCCUUACCUAUUAUAUGAACAAACUGAGCAAAUGUCUUUCUAAGGUUGAUUCCAGGUUUAAAAUUUAUAAUUUUAAGUUGUUGGUUUGUAUAAUUAUUUACCUUAUUAAACAUUGUACAUCUAGCAGAUGUAAUUAUCUAUAACAAUAAGCAACAAUAAACAGUCUGGAGUCUAAACUGGAAUAUUUUAUAAGGUAGUUUUCUUGGAUUAAAAAAUCAUUUAAAUUGCACAUUUUCUGUUUAGUAGCUAAUUAAUAGUUGUACUGCAGAGUAUGUUAAUAAUGAAUUGUCAAAUGCCCGAUAUUUUCUUAAACUGUAAGAUAAAUCUCUACAAAUUCUACUAAAAUUAAAAGCAAAAGAUUUAACAUUA